CCUCUUCUCUCCAUUCUCUUACUCCCGUUUUAAACCUAUCUCUCUCUCAUUGUUCCCCAUUUUCUUCCUAUCUCUUUUCUCAACUAAUCUUAAUUCCACAACUCCAUUUUGGUUUUUUCUUCUUCACUCUGGAUUUUCUCAUUCAACCCAUCUUUCUUAGGUUCUAAAUUAAACUAAGCCUGGCUUCCUUCUCUUCAACAAAUCUUCCUUAACUUCACAUUUAUAAAAGCUUCCAAAUCAUGUAACUUUAGCCCCUUUCUUAAUCACCCCCUUCAAAAAAAAUCCCAAAAAAAAAAAAAAAAAAAAAACAUUUUAAAAAAACUUUAGAUGAAUUUCUCUUGUAUCCCAAACUAAAACUCUAGUGUUUAAUAUCCUGGCUAAGCUUCCAAUUCUGCCUUAGAACAACCUUUAUAAAAACCUUCAAAUCAUGUAACUUCGUUCUUUUAAAUCUCCAUCAUUCCAAACCAAAAACCCAAAAAAAAAUAUUUGAUUUUUUUAAAAAAAUACCCAGAAGUUAGUUUAGUGAAAAAAGAAAAAAGAAAAUGCCGGAAUCGGAAAGUGGAACGCCGGUAGCAUCGGCGCCAGCGACGCCGGGGACGCCGGGAGGGCCGCUGUUUUCCGGGCUCCGAGUAGAUUCUCUAUCGUACGAUCGGAAGUCAAUGCCGCGGUGUAAGUGUUUGCCCGUGAAUGCUCCCACGUGGGGCCAACCUCACACGUGCUUCACUGAUUUCCCUGCUCCUGAUGUCUCUCUCACUCGCAAGUUGGGAGCAGAAUUUGUGGGGACAUUCAUCUUGAUAUUUGCUGCGACGGCAGGCCCCAUUGUGAACCAAAAGUACAACGGCGUGGAAACUCUGAUCGGAAACGCGGCAUGCGCAGGGUUGGCGGUGAUGAUUGUAAUUCUGUCAACAGGACACAUUUCCGGUGCACACCUGAACCCAUCACUCACCAUUGCCUUUGCUGCCCUCCGCCACUUUCCUUGGGUUCAAGUCCCCGCCUACAUUGCCGCCCAAGUCUCCGCCUCCAUUUGCGCCUCCUUCGCUCUCAAAGGGGUUUUUCACCCUUUCAUGUCUGGUGGUGUCACCGUCCCCUCCGUCAGUAUUGGCCAAGCCUUUGCUCUUGAAUUUAUAAUCACUUUCAAUCUCCUCUUUGUUGUCACUGCGGUUGCCACUGACACUCGUGCGGUCGGAGAGUUAGCAGGAAUUGCAGUCGGAGCUACAGUGAUGCUUAACAUUCUUGUAGCCGGGCCCUCAAGCGGUGGUUCGAUGAACCCUGUUCGAACUUUGGGACCCGCCGUGGCUGCUGGAAAUUACAAAGCAUUGUGGGUUUAUCUGGUGGCGCCGACGCUUGGGGCAAUAAUUGGGGCCGGGACUUACACCGCCGUCAAGCUGAGAGACGACGAAGUGGAUGCUCCAUCGCAGGUAAGGAGCUUCCGGCGUUGAAAUUCAGACGGUGCGAAUAAUUUGGCUAUGCAUAGCAUAAAAUAAUAAGUAGUGUACUGUUGUGUGAUUUGUGGAAUAAUAAAGUUGAGAAGAAAAGGCGAUUGGUGAUUACUGAGACUUGAAGACUAUAUAAUCGUCUCGAUUCAGAUUGCUAUGUUGGGUGUUUUUAUAUGCGUAAUUGGUUUCUACUUGCCGUCUUCGAAUUCAGUUCUUUAAUUUCGGGGUUUCUUUUGUAAAAACAUACAAACUUUUGUGUUCUCUUUAUGGUUGUGAUCAAAUGUGGAAUACACAUCUGGUCUUUGUGAUAUAUAUGUAUAAUGUAUGGGCUUGUUUAGUAUAUGGUUUGCAUUACUUGGC